GUUGCAAUCAGAGACGUCAUGCCUGAAGCCACAGUCACAGCCUUUGAAUACGAGGAUGAAGUAGGAGACAGAAUCACUGUGAGAAGUGACGAAGAACUCAAAGCCAUGUUGUCAUAUAUAAAGGAGACCUGCACAGACAGCAGCCAGGACGUUCAUGGGUCCUGUAGACAGCUGAACCUCACUUAACACAAAGUAAGACACCGUUGUACCAGGGCACAAGAGGAAAGUGGUUUGGAACUGCACUAAAUCAGAUUUACCAGUGAGGGGCUUUUUACCUACUCAUCUAGUUACGCUCGCACAGACCUUGCCUUCAGCUUAUGCAGAGCAGUUUUAUUUCCCACUAUAUUUACUGUUCAUGCCAUGGACGCUAAGAGUAAUGGUGUGUAAUGGCUUCCUUAUGAGGUACACUGAAAACUAAAUGAUCUGUCAAUUUUUAUUAUUUAUUAUUCAGUACUUAAAGUUUUGCCUCAUUAAAGAACAACCCCCCUGGGCUGCAGAAUUGUUCAAAAUCUACUUUCAUCUGUGGAUGUCUUUUACCCCCCAUCAGCUCACAACGAUGCUGCUGGAGCCACAGGCACAAUUUACACUUCUUUCUUGUCCAUUUUUGUCAUGCAUUCACUUGUGGUUGCUUUUUAAUCAUUAAGUAGCACAGGGUAACAGGGUGAUUAGGCAAGAGAAGAAACGCUGAAACCGGGAGAGGAAAAGCAUUGACCUUAGCCAGCUUUCGAAAGUUCUGAAGCUCUGAAGCAGGUUCUUCCGUGGUUUUCGGCCUGGUGUAUGUGAAGCCUGCAGCAUAUGCACAAUGAGUGUUGGCCAAACAAAACCAGGAGCCCUGUAAUGGCUUUGUGCUCCUCAUGGGACGUCACCGUGAGCAAAAAGCUGCUGAUCACCUGGAAAAUACAGGACUCACUAAAAUGAUUUUCACUGGCCUACUACUUCAAACGUCUUGCACGCAGGGACUUGGUUUCAGAAGUCAUUUGCAUUCAGAGGAUUUUUUAUGUUGUGGUUGCUUUUGUCCUCUGUAGACCCUGUGACAUUUUGUCCUAGUGUUAUUAAUUCCAGGUGAGCAGAAAAUUGUAGGCACUAAGAGAGCCGUAGUAGAAGAUGGAAGGCUGGAUAACGGAGUUGAGUCUGCGAUGGGUGCUUUGUUUUCUGUGCGUCAAUGUUUGACACGUUUUAAUGUCUCUCGUUUAUCGUUUAACUGAAUCUUUCACAGCAUUCACAGCUUAAUAACCAUCAUUGUUCACAGGGAGUUUUUGGUGGAAGUGUCCUACCAGAACCACGCCACUACAUGCUACUGAGACCCACCAGUCGUGCAGCCAUCUCUAAUCAUUGUUCGACACCUUAGAAGACAGAUGCCGCUGUUGAAAGUUAAAGACUGGCCUGUGUCAGUACUGCAACAUGGUGAGCGAGCAGCGCCUGAACGGACUCCUGCCAGAACCUUUGCAAAUCUUCCCCAGAGCCGGCAAGACUCCAGGGAUCCGGAACAUACAUGGCCUGAAGGUUAAUACAAGGCCCAACCCAGCCAACGACUGCACUCAAGCUGUGCCCGACUCAAUGACCAACAACAGCCUAAAGAAAUCGUCUGCUGAGCUAAAAAGAAUCUUAUCAAACGGACAGAUAAAUGCACAAGACAUCCAGUAUCAGGAGCAGCUCGGUCAUGGAAAUGGUGGCACAGUUUACAAAGCCUACCAUGUUCUUGGCAGACGGGUUCUGGCUGUAAAGGUCAUUCCCCUGGACAUCACGGUGGAACUCCAGAAGCAGAUUAUGUCAGAAUUAGAAAUUCUCUACAAGUGUGAUUCACUCUACAUCAUCACUUUCUUUGGUGCCUUUUUUGUUGAGAACAGGAUUUCCAUAUGCACAGAAUUCAUGGACGGCGGUUCUCUGGAUGUUUAUAAGAGAAUACCUGAGCAUGUGCUUGGGAGGAUCACAGUGGCUGUGGUCAAGGGUCUGACUUAUCUUUGGAGUCUGAAGAUACUUCACAGAGAUGUCAAGCCGUCCAAUAUGCUGGUGAACACCCGAGGACAAGUCAAGCUCUGUGACUUUGGCGUCAGCACACAGUUGGUGAAUUCUAUUGCCAAAACAUAUGUGGGCACUAACGCAUACAUGGCGCCUGAGAGGAUAUCAGGAGAGCAGUACGGAAUCCAUGCCGAUGUCUGGAGUGUGGGAAUCUCUUUCAUGGAGUUGGCGCUGGGCAUGUUCCCCUAUCCACAGAUUCAGAAGAACCAGGGGUCUUUAAUGCCUCUCCAGUUACUGCAAUGCAUCGUUGAUGAGGAUCCUCCAGUUCUUCCCGUCGAGCAGUUCAGUGAGAAGUUUGUUCACUUCGUCACUCAGUGCAUGAGGCGUCAGCCUAAGGAGCGACCGGCCCCCAACAACCUCAUGGAUCAUUCCUUCAUCAUCCAGUACAACGACGGCAACGCAGAGGUGGUGUCCAUGUGGGUCUGUCGCUGCCUGGAGGAGAGACGGGCUCAGCAGGGUCGCGUCUGACCCCAGCGGACCGAGCAGCGCUGCAGCGGGUUCUGGAUGCACACAUGGACUGUUGGUGCUCGUGGUUCCACUUUUAACCAAACAGCUGAGCACCUUCAGCACCUUCAUCAGAAGUGGACAUCACUCUUCAGAUAACAUCCAUGAGCCACAUUUACAGCAUUUGACCUGAGUUUGCGUGAAGGGCUGAUGCUGAGCUGCGUUUCCAGCUGUUCAGCUCUGUCCACGUGACCUCUGCUUCGCAGGUGAGCCGCUGCGUCCUCGUCCACCUGCCCGGGUUGGAACACUUCCCAUCUGGGAUUUGACUGCUCGGUGGAUGAGGCGGCGUCUCUGCUGGACCUGCUCGUGUCCACAGCUCCCACACACAGAACCGCUCCAGUUACUUCAUGUCACGGUUUAAAAGCAACCGCUCAACCUGUCUGGACACACAUGAUGUUAUUGACAUAUUACACACGUGUUACAUUUUAUUGCGUUUGCAUUUUAUUUCCAAAAUGGAUCUUUUAAACUGUAUUUUUGAUAUUUACUGUAAUAUUGCCGCACACACGACGUAUGAGGUAGAAAAAAAGAGAAAUGUAUCAAUGCAGACUUUUUUACGUGUUUCUGUCGUUUUGUUAACAAAGCUCCAGAAAAAUCCUCUUUUAAACGUUAAUUUAAGUUGAAGCAGUUGGUUUUCAGGGAAUCUUGGAUUCUGGGAACAUUUUCCUGUUUCCCUUCAAUUUAAACUUGGAUUUGACUUAUGUGGUUUCUCACCUAACCUCUGCUUCAAUCCACCCUAACGCCUGGAAAGGAAGCUGCUCCUCAUUAGAGAAAAAGGAAAAUUCUGAACCACUUUUUUAUUUUCAUCCAUCUCAUGAAAAUCCACUAAAUUCAGUCCAGAAGCCUUUUUCACAGAUAGUGCUCUUCCUCUGUCUUGCCUGUGGUUCUGUUGGGCUUUGAGUUGGUUUUCAGUGUCACUGAAUCUAAGAAACUGUUUAUUGUCCUUAACUUCCUGAGUUAUGUAUUAUGGCAUCUUCAACACAAAGAAAUAAACAUUUGGAAACCUGAA